AUGCGGACGGGCAAAGGACGUUCCGAGGGGCAGGCAUUUCACCGGCGUCUCUUGUCUGAGUACAACACGGAGAUUACUCUGGAGAAUUAUGUGGCAUACUUUGAGCUGAAGCCGAUUGCAAAAUCGGUGGAGCAACUGCGGAAGGAGAUUGAUGAGCACACGUCUCUGGCGGCGGCCGUGGCAGCAGCAGCCAUGCUUUCAUUCACCUCACAUGAAGGGACGUUUGACCCAAUGGCGACAACGGAGAGCGAUCCGGCUCUAGAGGAGAUGAUGAAGAAACGGCAUGAACUGGAAGAAAAAUUUUUUGUGGAGCUGCGAGCAUCCUUUGUGAAGGUGAAGAAGUAUCUGUGGCAACUGGAGGAUGAUCUCCUGACGCGUGUACAUGAAUUGGAGCAACUGACGGAGGAGGAGAUCCGCGCAAUGCCGGAUGAAUGCAUUGCCAAAUUAUACGUGAAGGUUCAGACUAUCCUGCGCUACCGGUCACUUAAUCUUGCGGCAUUUCGCAAAAUUAUGAAGAAAUUUAUGGAACGCUGCGCAUGCGACAGUUUGGAACUUCAGCAACGCCUGAUGUCUAUAGAUGAAACUAUUUUCAACAGCGCCAUUGCACAGCCACGCCUUGAUCUUCGUCGCAUUGCAUUGGAUUUGAUCGCACUCUAUGGCACGGUGUAUCGUCUCACCUAUGAGGAGACCGUGGCACAUUUAAGCCACUAUGAAUACCGCGCUGGUAUCAAUAUUCGCCGUAUCUUGCCUCACAGUGACACGUUUUUCUUUACCCUUAAUUUUCCCCACCAGGAGAGGCAAGGGAACUUUGCGGCGCGUAUUCUUUCCGGUAGUACGAGCCUUUUUUGUGAAAAGAUGAUAUGUGAGGUGUUGCAGUGUCCGCGGUACCCGCCGUGUUGCAAUCAGUUUCCGAAUGGAGAGAUCAAUGUCAGUCUCUCUCGAACACUGCGUGGUGAUGAUGUGUUUGUGCUUCAGUCCCUUGUGCGGUGCGAUCAUCUUGGACUGUCGCAUUCGGGGACGUUCAUGGAGCUGGCGUUGAUGUUACAUACAGCCCGGUUAAGUUCCGCCGCUCGCAUUACAGCCGUUAUUCCUUAUCUUGCAUACGCUGAUAGUGUUUCCUCAGUGGCUGUUGUGGCCGAGUUACUUGAAAAGAUGGGCUGUCAACAUGUCAUCACAGUAGACAUGUCUAGUGAGCAGGUGGAAGGUAUGUUCUCUGUGCCACUUGAAAAUAUAUCCGCCAGAUAUGAGUUUGUUCGAUUCAUCGCUAAACACCUGACAAAUGAGGGUCAUGACUUCCGAAACAUCACCGUCGUGUCACCUUCCGGCACCUCUGUGAGCCGUGCAAAGUAUUUUGCGGAUGCUUUGAUGAACUACAUGAAGUUGUCGAGCGCGGAGCAGUUUGUCUCUGUGUGCACGGCGGUCCAUCGUCACCCGAACCUGCCGCCGCCGCCCCCAGUGAAGAGUGUGUCACACAGACCCUGUGCCACCGAUAAACCGACAGCAACCGUGACCACCACCGCGGCCUCCAGUGCCACGUGUCAGACGUCUCUUUCUGAAGAAAAGUCCAGCAAACAACAGGAGGCGCACCAAAGUCAUUCGCAUCCACGAGCAGGGACUGUUCUCGAUUUGUUUUCGCCCCCACCGCGUGGAAUAAGUCCAACGCAUGAGAACGCGAGCAACACGGUUGCCUUUGUGAAGGCGUUACGGCAACAAGAGGAGGGCGUUAGUGCCAUUUGCGAAGAUCGGGCAGAUAACCCCGCCCAAACCGACGGCGUGGCACUCGUUGGUGACGUCAAGGGCCGACUUUGUAUUAUUGUUGACACCACCAUUGACGAGGCGAUUAAAAUUUGCCGUACCGCGUGGAAAUUGCAUGAGGCAGGUGCGAGUCGCAUCAUCCUCAUAGCGACGCACCUCAUUCUCUCCGCAGGGGCGGAGGAGCGGCUGGUUAAAAGUCCCAUUGACCUCAUUGUUGUCACCGAUAGCGUCAACCAAGAUGUGGUCUUUAAAAAGCCACUCUUUGCACAAAAACUACGGCUGCUGCCUAUUGCACCGCUUCUUGCGCGCGCCAUUGAGAAAAUGCACACGGAAAAUACGCUCGCCACGCUUUUUGAGAAGUAG